AUGAGCAGCCAUGGAUUCCUGUCGUCGCCGCAAGCUUCUGACUACCUGCCCUCUAUCUCGCCUACCGUCGUGUACUCUACGGCCCAAACGGCGUGGACGCAACAGGAACUACAAGUGCUACACGCCGGUCUCACGCAGUUCCCAGCCGACCAGUUCGACAACGUCACGCGCUACAUUAAAAUCGCCGCCACGCUGCCGCGGAAAUGCGUGCGCGACGUGGCCUUCAAGGUCAAGGCGCUAGGAUACCCGAGCGACCAACCAGCCGCCGCUAAGCGCAUGAAGAUCGAGCCGUACCAAGACUCGAACCAGUCGCCAGCUACUGCUGAACUGGAGGAAGCGCGACUGGCAGCGCUACUGCAGGACAACGUACUGGCCAUCAACACAAUGCGUACGAAUCUACUGAACGGCAAAGCCGACGAGAACCGCGUGCAGAUGCUCAAUCUUGGAGACAUCUGUACGUCCAUUCCACCGUUGCCGCUUCAAUUGGACACGUCGCUGUUAGAAGAAGACAACGACGAUAGCAAAACCAAUAGUAACAACAAUAGUAGCAAAAAGAACCAGUAG